AACCGGGAGGCACGUGACGGAGGCAAGAUGGCAGCCUUCCCAUGGUGAGGCUCCGGGACCCUCACCCUGAGGGUUGUCAUCCCCUCUCGGGGUGGUGCCGGGAGAGGGUAGGGCCACGUCUCGGGUUCCCGCUGAGGCGUGAGGGUCGGUGUUCAGCCUCCGUAUGCCCGCAGUUCAGGGGCUGUGGUGCUGAUGCGGGAGACGCUCCUUCUGCGCGGAUGAGUGGUGGGGAACGGUGUCCGCCUUGCCCUCGGGAAGAGGAGACCGGGGGGGAGGGUGGGGGCCGCGGCCGGGCGUCCUUGCCGCCGUCCUCUGCGACUUUGUGGGUUUUUAUUUUCCCGAAGUAACCAAGAAAAAAUAGACGAGGACGGUUCGCUUUUUGCUUGAUUUGAUGAUGGUGUGGGUGGCGCCUCUCUCUCAGAAGGAGCGGGUGAGUGAUGCCUUACGUGACUAUGAGAAUACAGUUGAUACUCUCCUGGGAAUGGUAUGCUAUGUGUGAGCUGUGAGCAGUACUUCUCUACCAUUGAUCGGAACAAAUAUAUAAGAAAGAGGCAUGCAAGGUCAAGAAAUUAUGUUUCAGAAUCUGAUGUGUACAAACUCGAAUCUGUGCCCUUGGAUUUUGGUGACUACCAUCCACUAAAACCCAUUACAGUUACCGAAUCCAAGACCAAGAAAAUGAGCCGGAAAGGAAGUACUUCCUCUACUUCUUCUUCUUCUUCUAGUUCUAUGAUGGACCCAUUGAGCAGUGUGUUGGAUGGUACCGAUCCCUUGUCGUUAUUUGCAGCAGCUGCAGAUCCUUUGACUGCUACUGCUUCCAUGGAUGGUAUACGAAAGAAACGGGAUAAAGAUGACAACUCAGCAGUAGGAAGUGACUUUGAACAAUGGUCAAGCAAACGCAGUGAAAUCCUCAGUAGAUACACAACAACUGAGAAGCUCUCGAUUAACUUGUACAUGGGAUCUGAAAAAGGAAAAACUACAACUAGUGGCUCAGCAGUUUCUGAAAAAGUGAGGACAAGGUUAGAAGAACUGGAUGAUCUGGAAGAGGGAUCACAGAAAGAGCUGUUGAACUUGACUCAGCAGGAUUAUAUGAAUCGAAUUGAAGAACUCAACCAGUCUUUGAAGGAUGCUUGGUCCUCUGAUCAGAAAGUAAAAGCUCUGAAAAUAGUCAUUCAGUGUUCAAAGCUUCUUUCAGACACAACGGUAAUCCAGUUUUACCCAAGUAAAUUUGUCUUAAUUACAGACAUACUUGAUACUUUUGGUAAACUAGUGUAUGAAAGAAUUCUAUCAAUGUGCAUGGACAAUCGUGUCUCUUUAUCAGAUAAUUUUUCUCCAGAGACUGUUAACGAUACUGCUAAAGAGACUUGCUUAAACUGGUUUUUCAAGAUUGCUUCGAUCAGAGAACUCAUUCCUAGAUUUUAUGUGGAAGCAGCAAUACUGAAGUGCAAUAAGUUCCUAUCUAAAACGGGGAUUUUGGAGUGUCUCCCACGAUUAACGUCUGUGAUUAGAGGAAUCGGAGAUCCACUUGUUGCGGUCUAUGCAAGAGCAUACCUUUGCAGGGUUGGGAUGGAAGUGGCACCACAGCUCAAAGAAAGCCUCAACAAAAAUUUCUUUGAUUUUCUUCUAACGUUUAAGCAAAUUCAUGGGGAUACAGUUCAGAAUCAACUGGUAGUACAAUGUGUAGAAAUUCCUUUGUAUUUAACUCUCUACUCUCCUGCUAUAGACUGGAUUUUACAAUGUAUUGCAUACCGUGCUCCUGAGGUUCUGCUUACUGAGAUGAUGGAGAGGUGCAAAAAAUUGGGAAACAAUGCUCUGCUAUUAAAUUCAGUAAUGUCAGCCUUCAGAGCAGAGUUUAUUGCUGCAAGGUCUAUGGACUUCAUUGGCAUGAUUAAAGAGUGUGAUGAAUCUGGAUUCCCAAAGCAUCUUCUCUUUCGCUCCUUGGGGUUAAACCUGGCAUUGGCUGAUCCUCCUGAAAAUGAUCACCUUCAAAUAUUAAAUGAAGCCUGGAAGGUUAUAACAAAGCUGAAGAACCCACAGGAUUAUAUCAACUGUGCUGAAGUGUGGGUGGAGUAUACAUGCAGACAUUUUACGAAGCGAGAAGUCAAUACAGUUUUGGCUGAUGUUAUCAAACACAUGACUCCUGAUCGAGCAUUUGAAGAUGCUUACCCACAGUUGCAGUCAAUUAUUCAGAAAGUUAUUACCUAUAUCAAUGAUUUCUCUCUGCUUUUUUCUGUGGAGAAAUUCUUGCCGUUUCUGGAUAUGUUCCAGAAGGAGAGUGUGAGAGUGGAGGUUUGCAAGUGCAUUAUGGAAUCUUUUAUUAAGCAUCAGCAGGAAUCUACGAAGGAUCCUGUUAUACUAAAUGCUCUUCUGCAUAUCUGCAAGACUAUGCAUGACUCUGUGAAUGCUCUGACGCUUGAGGAUGAGAAAAGAUUGUUAGCAGCUUUGAUAAAUGGAUUCAUAAAAAUGGUUUCAUUUGGUCGUGACUUUGAACAACAACUGAGUUUCUAUGUUGAAGCCAGGUCUAUGUUUUGCAAUCUGGAGCCUGUUUUAGUCCAGCUGAUUCAUUCUGUGAAUCAACUAGCAAUGGAGACAAGAAAGGUGAUGAGAGGAAAUCAUUCCAGAAAGACUGCUGCGUUUGUCAGGGCUUGUGUUGCCUUCUGCUUCAUUACAAUUCCAUCUCUGAGCAGUAUCUUCACACGUCUUAAUUUGUAUCUGCACUCUGGACAGGUUGCUCUGGCAAAUCAAUGCCUUUCACAAGCUGAUGCUUUUUUCAAAGCUGCAGUGAGCCUUGUUCCUGAAGUGCCAAAAAUGAUCAGUGUAGAUGGAAAGAUGCGACCUUCCGAUGCCUUCCUCUUGGAAUUCCUCUGUAACUUCUUUUCCACGUUAUUGGUUGUUCCAGACCAUCCAGAACAAGGAGUGUUGUUUCUUGUGCGAGGAUUAUUGAAUGUGAUCCAGGAUUAUACUUGGGAGGAUAACAGUGAUGACAAAGUCAGGAUUUACACUAAUGUUUUGCAUCUGCUGUCUGCAAUGACUCAAGAAACAUAUAUCUACCAUGUAGAUAAAGUUGAUUCCAAUGAUACCCUAUAUGGUGGAGACUCCAAGUUCCUGGCUGAAAUCAGCAAACUGUGUGAAACAGUAAUAGCACAGAUUCUGGAUCAUCUCAAAACCCUUGGAAAGGAAGAGACUCUGAAGCGACAAAGCCAGUUGGCACUCUGUUUCUUUAACACUAUUUUAGCUCAUGGUGAUCUACGAAACAACAAACUAAACCAGCUUUCAGUGAAUCUCUGGAAUCUUGCUCAGAAACAUGGCUUUGCUGACACCAAGACUAUGGUAAAAACUCUGGAAUACAUCAAGAGGCGAAGCAAACAACCUGACAUGAGUCACUUCACAGACUUGGCCCUUCGCCUUCCUCUGCAGUCCAGAACCUGAUGAAUGCCUCUUCCAAGGAGUCUUAUGUAAAAGUGAGCAUGUAGCCAAGGCCACAAAUUGCUGAUUCUUCUGGUCUUUGAUUGGAGUUCAGUGCGUUUGAAUUUUACUUAGUGUGAUUUACUUGGGCACAGGUAAAAUUGUUCUGAGUGCAAAAAUGUAAUCUGAAUUCUUUGUUUCCAGUUCUGCCACUGUAUUUUAAAUCCAGUUUAGAUUCAGUAAAGGAUAUUUGAGCCUUUCCAAAUCAAAUCUGUUGUCAUUUUAGUGACAAAGGAAUAAAAUCUGAUAAUCUGCAUGGAUCAAUUCACAGCCCCAAGACUUCAUCCUGCCUGUAGAGCAGCAUUUCUCCUGUGUAGAAAGCAAUAUUUCAGUGUAGUAAUCCUACUAAGUUGUCCUUCUGCUUUGGAGUGCUGCCAACAUUUGGUCAGUUUCAGUAAAAGAGAAAAAUGGACCAAGUGUUACUGUUCUAAUUUCUAAUAUACAUUUUCUCAGAUGUGUUUAUGGUAUCACUUUAGUUCAGUAGUGUUUUGUAUCUUUAAAUGCUGUCCGCAAAGGAAAAUAGAAAUGUAUGCAGAGUAUUCUAUAUUCUCUAGCACGCUAUAUCACUGAAUAAAGCAGUUUGCAGCUCACCUGUUUGUUCUGGAGGAGUUACUUAUUACCUAGUUGUGUUGUAAUUUAGCUGUGUGCACUGCUUUUCUACCAAAUAAAUUUCAUUCUGACCAUUUCUGUCCUGUGGCAAGCAA